AUGGGAUCUAUAAAUGGUUGCAGGAUCCGCUCUUCGUCGUCGUCGUCGAUGGCUGGAUGGUCGAUGGUAACAGACGACGAAAACGACGCCGUCAAAACUCCGAAGAGCUUCGACCUCAACAAGUCACCCGAAGCAGAUUCGGCGGUUGAGAAGAGUAUCAACGAACUCGUCUCCUUGUUCCGUCGCUUACUCGAGUCCUUCGUCGUCGAGUUUUGUCCUCCUCCUCUCCCUCCGGCGACGGUUGAUCUCUUCAGACUCUUUAUCAACGUGAGUCAUAGAGGCGGUUACAAAGCGGUUUCGGAGAAUGCUGCGUGGGAUGAAGUUGGGAGCGAGUGUGGAUUAGGGUUUGGUGAUGAUUCCGCGAAAUUGAUCUAUGUUAAGUAUCUCGCCGCGCUUGCUGGAUGGUUGAACAAAGUUGUUGAAGGUGAUGGUAGUGUGAAGUUGCCUGGAGUGUCUGGUGAUUUGAUUGGUAGGUUUAGGGAGUUUGUGUCUCAGGUGAAGAGGAAGUAUGAGUUGUGGAAAGGUAUGGAUGCGAGGGAGGUAGGAGGAGAGUUCAAAUGGUUUGUAUCGAAAGCUAAGAGUUGUGUUGAUGAUGAUGAUAAGGAUCGAAUUGGUUCUAAUGAGUCUGUGAAAACGAGUGAGAAGAAGCUUGUGUUUCUUGAUUCUUCUUCGCCUGGGAAGAGGAAACGUGAGUGUUCUUUAGAGACGUUGAGGUGGUUAAGAGAGGCUGCUAAGGAUCCGUGUGAUGUGUCUGUUGGUUCUUUGCCGGAUAGAUCAGUGUGGGAUUCUUAUGGUAGUGAAGAGCCAUGGAAACAGCUUCUUCUGUUUAGAGCUUCAAGAACAAACUCUGAUUCUGCUUGUGAAAAGAUUUGGCAGAAAAUCCAGAAGAUGCAUCCAUCUUUGUAUCAAGAUAGUGCUGGGACUAGUUACAAUCUAAGAGAGAGACUCAGUUUCGAUAGGGGUCAGUUUAAUGAGAAGAAAGCUGGAAUAUCUUCUGAGGAUGGCUCGGUUUCAGAGGAUUCAGACGAGGAGGAUGAAUCAUGGGCUCUAGUUGGUUCUGAGUUUCAAGCCGAAGUACCUGAGUGGACUGGCAUCACCUCUGAAAGCGAUUCAAAGUGGCUAGGCACACUGAUCUGGCCACUUAACAAAGAACAAAACAACAACAAUAAUCUUCUUGUCGAAAGAGAUCCUAUUGGAAAAGGCAGACAAGAUGCGUGUGGCUGCCAAAAUCCAUGGUCUGUUGAAUGUGUCAGAUUUCAUAUCAAGGCAAAACAGGAGAAACUGAAACUCGAACUUGGUUCAGCUUUCUACAUGUGGUGUUUUGAUACAAUGGGUGAAGGUAAUCUGCAGUAUUGGACUGACUUAGAACUGAGGAAGGUGAUCUCUCUGAUGCCUUCUCCACCUACGCUUAUCCCGUCAUUCUUCGAUGAUGUCAAGAGUGCUCUUCCUUCAAAGACCAGAGGAAAAAUUGUGAGCUACUUCUACAACGUGACACUUUUGCAGUUUAGAGCAAAUCAGAGUAGAAUGACUCCUUAUGAGAUAGACAGUGAUACUGAUACACAAUACCAGGUUUGCAACCUGGAAGCAAACACAUCACAGAAACCCGUCCUGCUUACACCUAAGAAAAGAAGGCGUCGAUAG